AUGGGUGGUUGCUCAAGCAAGCAAGAGAGAAGAAGUGUGAUAAGUGUCAAGGAGACUUCAACUGAGAAAAGCAGAGGACGAAGACAUGUGAGAAGAGAGGUGGAUGAAAGGGAGAAAGUGAUGUUUGAUAAACUUAGAGAGGCGGAGAGAGAGUGGAGGAAAGAGCGGAAGAAGCUGAGAGAGGAAGUGAAGAGGCUAAGGAAGAAAGUGGAGGAGAGAGAGGAAGCAAAGACAACACCAACAACAACAACAGAGGAGAGAGAGUACUGGAAGUGGGUUGUUGAGGAGAUGUGUGUGGAGAGAGCAGUGAGAGAAAAAGCCGUUGAGAAAUGGAAACAACUCUAUUUAGCUAUCAAGAAUGAGCUUGAUCAUCUCAUCAUCCACACAACUUCUUCCUCUGGAGAGGCAAUAGUGCAAAGGAGACUUGAGCAAGAAGAAGAAGAAGCAACUAAGACAGUGGAAGAAUUGAGAGAAGAAGUUAGAGUUAAAGAAGAUACAAUUGAGAAACUAAAAGAGAAAAUAGCUUUGAUGGAUAGACAAAAGUAUGAGAAGGAAAGAGAUGUUGAUAUGCUGAGACAGAGUCUAAGGAUUCUCGGAAGCAAGAAGAAGAACAAGAAGAAGAAAGGAGAAUCAUUUGCAUCAAUGAAUCUGUUGAUUUUGAAGACCAAAUGCGUCGAAUGUACAUAA